UCGACAAGGGAAAGAGCGAGCAAACAUGGCGGAGGGCGGCAAUUUGAAGUGUAUCCCGGUGAUCGAUAUGCAGGAAAUCGAAGAUCUAGAGCAGUAUAAGAAACUGAGAGAAGCAUCCGAAGAAUGGGGUUGUUUCAGGAUCGUCAACCACAAGAUCCCCGCAAGUCUGAUGUCAGAGAUGAAGAAAGUGGUGAAAGAGCUGCUUGAUCUUCCCAUGGAAAUCAAAAAGCGCAACACCGAUGUGAUAGCUGGCAGCGGCUACGUGGCACCGAGCAAUUCCAAUCCUCUUUAUGAGGCCUUGGGGCUCUAUGAUUUGGGCUCGCCUGAGGCCGUGCGAGCCUUUUGCUCUCAGUUGGAUGCCUCUCCUCAACAGAGGUUUCUUUCUUUGCUCAUCAUCUUUCUUCCCUUCUAAUCUACUAUCUUCAAUUUUCUUUCUUGUAUGGUUCUUCUUUACUUAUAUUCUUCUUCUCUCUCCUUUUUGAUUCGUUUAAGAUUCGACUUCCUUUCCAGUUCCACUGUAUCCUACACACACACAGAUACGGGUGCAGCGCACGCGCACACCCGUGAUCUCUUUAACCAACCUGGCCCACA